AUGGUAGAUCUUGCCUUGCUGGAAGAUAUUGCUGCCCGUGCAUUCAGGAGAGAGCGCAUCUUCAGGGACCAUCAAAACAUGUUUGAUGAAGGUGAAGAAUGGCUUAUGAGCCGUUUCCGACUGCCAAGGCAUGUUUUGCUGGAGCUGUGCAAUUCCCUGGAGCCACAUCUUCAGCACCCGACACACUGCUCUCACCCUGUACCUCCUCAGGUUCAAGUCCUGUCCACCCUCGGUUUCCUGGCUACAGGUACAUUCCAGAGGGAAAUAGCAGAUCGGGCUGGGAUUUCACAACCCACUCUGAGCCGUGUCAUCCCGAAGGUGUUGAAUGGCAUCAUCAGACAAAUGCCAAUCGUCCUAAAAUUUCUCUAUGACGAACGACGCCAGAGUGAAGUGAAGAGGGGGCUCCACGGCAUUGCUGGAAUGCCAAAUACUGUUGGAGCGAUAGACUGCACCCACGUGCGCAUUAAAGCUCCAUCAACAAACUCCAUGCAGUUUAUGAAUAGAAAGAACUACCACUCAAUCAACGUGCAGGUAAUCUGUGACGCUGACUGCCGCAUCCUCAACUUUGUGGCCCGCUGGCCUGGAGGAACCCACAACUCCUUUAUUUUACGCAACAGCGGGAGUGCGUUUGAGGCAGGGGCUGUAAGGGACGGGUGGCUUGUUGGUGACCGGGGAUAUGGUCUGAAAACCUGGCUGAUGACUCCCUUUGCCAACCCUCAGACGCCUCAAGAGGUCCGCUACAACACAAUUCAUGUCCACACACGCUCCGUAAUAGAGCGCACAUUUGGACAGCUCAAGGGUCGCUGGAUGUGCUUGGACACAGCUGGCGCCAUAGCACAUGGCAUCCCCAUACCAGCUGUAGCAGAACCUCAACCAGAGGAAGACGCACAGCCAAAUGAGAGCCAGCUGAUUGCGAACAACCUCAUCCGUAAGGACGCGGGCAGGCUGACGACAUUCCGGGAAAGACUGGGAAGUGGAUGGCGUGACGGCGUCAUCCUCAGAUUCACCAUCAUUGGAGCCUAA